CUCUCCCUCUCAUACAAGUGGUUCAGACUGAAGUGGAAGAAAGAAGGAAGUGCGACCAGGGUGGCAGUCAGGAUCCAUUGCUGGAGUGAGCAGAGGAGGUGGAGAUGCUCAUCAGACUUUCUGCUAAACUCUCUUCCGGGUCUCCUCUUCACUGACUGUGUCUCCUCACAGCAACUUACCAACAACAUGAGCUCCUCUUCAGCCAGCCUCCACAGCAAGCGCCUGCCCUAAGAUUCCCCAUGUGAGCGCUUCUCCUGCCAGAGCUUGUUGUCAAGAUCCGAGUGAUCCGAUGUAAAAAGACCUGGAUAGUGAGCUGAAACGGAGCGAGGGCAGAUGCUUCCAGAUGUGGACGCAGCACAGCAGCUGAAACUGAGGGAGAGACAGCGCUUCUUUGAGGAGGUUUUCCAGCACGAUGUGGAUGUCUUCCUGUCCUCUGCGCAUCUUUCCAUCAGGGACUACAAGAGAACAGCUCCCAUCGGCAGCAUCUCGUCCAUGGAGGUGAAUGUGGACAUGCUGGACCAGAUGGAGCCGAUUGACAUAUCAGAUCAGGAGGGCUUGGACGUUUUCUUCAGCUCGGUGGGAGAUGAUGGAGUCCUAACCUCCCCACUUCCUGCAAUGCAAGGUAGCAGCAGCAUCAAUGAGGAGGCUCUUGGUAAAGGACGCUUUCUGAAUGUCCUGGAGGGUCUGGACAGGAAGCCUCGCAUAGUGUCCACCUCCUCAGAUUCCUCCUCUGACAGUCAGAAUCUCAACGUGAAUGGGGCAGACACACCGCUGGCCGGAUCUGAUGAUGAGGAGUUGCACAGCAACAAGAGGGAAAUGACGGAGAUUCAGAGAGCUUCAUCUACAAACAGGAAAGAGCAGAAAACCCAGCAUACGUCUCCAUCUUUCUAGACACCACCUGCAGCUGUCCUCAACUUAAACUGAAGACAGGGGAACUGGCAGGAAACUUAAACUCCUUAAAGAGACUUAUAUCCCUCCUUCUUCCCACCCCUCUGCUGAAAUGCUGGAGUUCUGUGUGUUAUGGAGGUCUAUUUCUUGGAGCUGUAAAUAUGCUAAUUUUUCAUUUCUGUCUAGGCAUGAUGAGUCCUCUGCCUUUGACCCUGCAGGCUGAAGCAGAGGAACUCUACUGUAUUAACACGAGUCAGAAUAGUAAAGCAAUAUGUGUAAAAGAGGUCAUUUUGAGUAACAAAUGAUUUACAAUGUGUGUUUUUUUUAAAGUAACAUGUCUGGCAAAUGCAAAUUCAAAUAUUUUUUAUGUAUAACUUUGACAGUUUGUUUCUGAUUUUAACAAUAAAGGAAGCAAUAAAAAACC